AUGUUUUUAUAUUCUAUCUCUCCCUUUCAAGAUGAAUCUACCCUGAAAAUUAUAGACCGUCCGUAUUUUUAUUCUUUCUUUCUUUGUCCAUUAUUUUUCUUUCUUCCUCUUUUUUCUUUCUUUCUUUUUUCGUUGUCCUUUCUUUCGUUCUAUCUUUGUCAUUUUUUGACCUUCUUUCUUUUUUCUUUCUGUCUUUCUUUCUUUCUUUAUUUGUCUUUUUUUCUUUCUUUCUUUGUCAUUUCUUACUUUCUUUCUUUUUUCCUUCUUUCUUUCUUUUUUCUUCUAUAUUUCUUUUUUCUUUCGUUCUUUUUUGUCCUUUCUUUCUUUGUCUUUCUUUGUUAUCUUUGUUUUCUUUCCUUCUUUGUUUCUUUGUUUCUUUCUUUCUUUGUUUCUUUCUUUAUUUCUUUAUUUCUUUUUCUUUUUCCUUUUUGUCCCUUCUUUCUUUUUUGCCCUUUCUUUCUAUCUUUUUUUAUCUUUCUUUCUUCUUUAUUUUUAUUUUCUUUCUUUCUUUCUUUCUUUCUUUCUUUCUUUCUUUCUUUCUUUCUUUCUUUCUUUCAUCCCUCUACAUUUGAAAUCGACCUUUGCGUUCCUGUCUGUCUUUUCUUUCUUUCUUUCUUUCUUUCUUUCUUUCUUUCUUUCUUUUGUGACUUUGUUCUUUGUUCACUUUUUCUUCUUUCUUUAUCAUUCAUUCAUUUGCGCUUUCUUUCAUUUAUUUUCUUUCUUUCUUUCUUUCUUUAUUCUAAACUUUCUUUCUUUUUUUGCUCUUUUUCGUUAGUUGUUAUUUUUCUUCUUUCUUUAAUGCUUUACUAA